AUGCUUCCCUCCAACCAAACUGUCAUUGCCAAGACCCAUCAGCUCCUCACGUACGGCUCCCAGUUUCGGCCACAGCUCUCGCUCAUUAGCAUGGCAGGAGGCAGAGGCAAGGCUGCGCAGGCGAAUCGAGGUUCAGCUGCGGAUGCUUGUCAACCUGAGCUAGCGAGUGAUGGUGGCCGUGACCUCUUGGUGCUGGAAGUGGUGGGAGGCCCUUGCUGCCCGGCCACCAUUGCUGUAACUGCUAGCAGUUCUAGAGUGGGACGAGUGAAGACCUGCCAGAUUCCGCUGAAGGAAGACUCCGUUUCUGAGAAACACGCGUGUGUUUCGUGGGACGCAGCUGAUAGGAGUUGGCGCGUCGUCGAUCUAGGAAGCUCAAACGGAACUUCACUUAACGGCGUCCAUCUGCCAGAAGGUCGUGAGCAUCCUCUGUCUGAUGGAGAUGAAAUUCGGUUCGGAACAUUUACGAUCGUCCGCGUGCACAUACGGCCUUCUCCGCAUCAAGGAUCCACCGUGCGUGACAUGCUGCAACAACAGAUGGAGUGGCGGCUUUGCCGUCUAGAGGAACAAGCAGCCAUGUUGGAAGAGCAGAUGCGGCAAGAUCUGGCAACUCUGAAAGCCACUUUAGCAGCCGUCCUCCCUGGCGACGGCGCGUGCAUGAAUGAGGAGGAAGCGGAGCGGAACCUGGACUUCCCCGAGUUGCACGUGGAUGCCGCCAGUACUCUCCUUCUCUUCCAGUCGCUCCGAGAGCUCUUUGCGGCGACCGGCGUCGAGUGGUUCGCGAUGCGCGACCUCAUCCGGCCAGAUCCCGAACGCACACAGAAGCUGCUCUCCGCGCUCGCCAACUACAAGCGCUUCGGGGACCAGUUCUUUUCCGUGGAGGCGCAAUGCCUGGAGGAAUACGCGCAGGUCGUUGAGACGCACGCCAAGCUCGAAGACGAAGAGCUAUCGAUAGCGGCGGAGAAGCAGCAGGCGGCAAAGGUGAAGGAGGAGGAGAUGAGUUUGCGGGCACAGAUAGUGGAGUCGCCGGAUAAAGUCAGAUUAGCAGUGACACGAGCAGAGGAAGCGAUGGAGAGUGAGAAAGAGGCGCGGGAUGCGGUGCUGGUGCAGAUGCGGGAGAAUCGCAAGAAGCUGGUUGUCGUUAGAAAGGCGGAGUGGAAGGCGAAAGUGGCAGCACGCAGGGCAGCCAUAGAGCAGCAGAUGGUGGAGGUGCGCAGGAAGCAGGAGGACGUGCGUGUGCUGGAGCAAGGACUGGCAGAGGAGGAAGAGCUCUUCCUCGCUGCCAAGUCAGAGGUGCAGGGUCAGCUGGAGCAAGUGCGGGGAGAGGAUGAGCGGUGUCAGGAGCUGCACAGGCAGAGGCUGGCGCAUGUGGCCGAGCUCUUUAAUGAGCUCAACUUACAGGUGACGUGCUUCGCUUCCUCUCAAUCCAUCUGCCCGAGUCUCAUGCCCCCAAUUUGCAUUCUUCGCGUCGCCGCCAUGGGUCGCACUUCCCGUCGUCCACCUCCGUUAGAGCGAUUCACGCCGCAGCGAUGGCCGUACGCUUUGUCCCCGCGUCGCACGGAACACGGCAGCUCCGCACAUGCGCGCUCGCCCCAAGAGUCCUUGCCGCCUUGUCUCCGCUUCGUUGGGACGACCCUCCCUCAGGCACAAUCGCUCCCGCCCUGUAUGCCAUGCCGACACUCGUACCAUGCGCACGCGGUAACGUGGGAAUGGGCGGACAGGAACGGCGCGGAAACCUCGGCGGCGCGUCAGAAGGAGGAUGAGACGUGCGUUUGCUUCUUCCCAACCUCCCCUUCUGCGCAAUUCCCUCCCGCCAUCGCCCCCUGCCUCCUCCUCUCCGCGCAUCCCCUCCCGCCCUCCUUGCUGACGUCACCUCUUCCCGCCGCCAUCCCUCUCCCCCACACGCGGAGCCUCUGCCUCUCCCCGCGUCUACUCCCCGCUGGUGCUGUCGCCCUCUGCUGCGUGUGCAUCUCGCGCGCCCUCCGAUUCCAGGCGCACUUCCUCCACCCCCCCGCCCCUCCGCGCGCUGCCCCCAGCACCGUUAGCGGAGAGGGGGAGGGGGAAACGAGCGGGAGGAGCGAAGAGGGGAAUGGAGGAAGCGAAAGGGGAGGGGAGAGCGGGAGGGAGGAAAGGGGCGAUGAGGCGAAAGGUGGAGCGUACGCGGCACGAGGGGACUGUAGGUGCUGUGAAAAGCAACCCUGGGGGAAAGAAGUGGGCGGUGAGUCGAGUGAAUGGCCGCAGGGGAAGGAGGAGGGGCGGGCAGAGCAGCAUGGGAUGAAAUGGGUGCCUGGAUUCCUAGUGCUGCCACUCAACCAUUCCUCUCAGUUGCCCGUUCAGCUGCCCGGGUGUGUGAGUGAAAGGGGGGCGUGCUUGCAUGAGGCAGCGUACAAUGGCAGAUGCUUGGUGGGCUGCACAGGGGAGGGGGAGACGGGGGUCCUUGAUGGGGCGCAGGAGAGGGGAGGGGCGGAGGAAAGGGGAGUGGCGGAGAGAAGUUUUGGGGGGGAAAGAGGAGGUGAGGAACGAGGAGGAGGGGAGGAGGGAGGAGAGGGCGAGGAGCAGGGCGCAGUGAUGUUGGCGAAUGGGUGCUUCAGCGCACAGCAGGUGAUGCACGCACCAGCUUCAACCGAUGAUGACAAGCGUGUUGGGGAAGGCGAGCAGCACGAGCAGUCGCCUCUGAAGCAGCAGCAGCAGCAGCAGCAGCAGCAGGAUGUGAAGGGCGAGGCAGCGAGUGCGGCGUGGCAGGGCAGGAGGGGCGUUCGGAAGGGGCAGAGCACGUGGUAUGACGGGGACUACUGUCAGCUGCAUGGCGUGCUGCUGCACCGCCCUCAGCAGCCCCUGCUGGAACUCGUGCCCGCGCCCAAGGCAAGUGCUGCCACGGUGCCGUAUUUUCCUGCCCCCUGCCCCCCUGCUCUCCUGCCCACCCGCCCUCCCGCCCUUCCCCCUUCUCCCUCCCGCCCUCCACCUCUCGUGCCCUCUUGCCUACUGCAUUGCACCGUGCUGGCAUGCGUGCAGGCCAUCACAGCCCCAUCAGCAUGCAUCGGUGAUAUCCGCACCAUCAACCCCCCCUGGCCUCCUCCACCCACUUCCCCCCCACUGCCCAUACUCCAACACACCGGCUCACCAUCAGCCACCACCCCCACUUCCCUCGUCCUCCUCCCUGCACCUCCCUCCACUCUCUCCACCCCUUCCUCCGCCCAUCCCUCCGCCCAUCUUCCAGCCCCUCCCUCCACCCAUCCUCCCACCGCUCUCUCCCCUGCGCGCAUGCCCAUCACGCGGCCGCUGCUGGAGCUGCUGGGAGACGCGUUUCUCAAGCUCGCGGCAGCGCUCUGCGUGCUGCUGCUGCACCCCUCUGCUGGCAUCGACGCCGCCGGCAACAUGAUGCAGGCGAUGGGGAAAGGUGGCGGAGGAGGAGGAGGAGGAGGAGGAGGAGGAGGAGGAGGAGGAGGAGGAGGAGGAGGAGGAGGAGGAGGAGGAGGAGGAGGAGGAGGAGGAGGAGGAGGAGAGGAGGAGGAGGAGGAGGAGGAGGAGGAGGAGGAGGAGGAGGAGGAGGAGGAGGAGGAGGAGGAGGAGGAGGAGGAGGAGGAGGAGGAGGAGGAGGAGGAGGAGGAGGAGGAGGAGGAGGAGGAGGAGGAGGAGGAGGAGGAGGAGGAGGAGGAGGGGAAUGGAGGGCAGUGA